CGUCGGCAGGGUGGAUCAUUGACGUCUCCCUCUUCUGUGCUCGCUUCAGUUCAGCCAAAUCAUAGCUAUCUGGCAGCCUGGAGGUACAUGCGUCUUCUGAUAAGAGAGCGUUUAGUACCUGCCUUUGUCGUUUUGUAAGUUCCGGCUGAAGACAAGCUCAUCCUUGGGGGGAACACAUCUGACAUCUAACCGAAACACAUCUGACAUAUCGGCGAGCUAACCGCGGCGACCCCGAAAAGCCCACAGAAAUGGACGAAAAGGCGUUUACGAAAGAACUGGAUCAGUGGAUCGAGCAGCUCAACGAAUGUAAGCAGCUGACGGAGGGCCAGGUGAAAACGCUAUGUGAAAAGGCUAAAGAGAUCUUGACCAAGGAGUCAAACGUCCAGGAGGUGAGGUGUCCGGUGACAGUGUGUGGCGAUGUGCACGGGCAGUUCCAUGACCUCAUGGAGCUCUUCAAGAUCGGAGGCAAAUCUCCAGACACAAACUAUCUGUUCAUGGGAGACUACGUGGACAGAGGGUACUACUCUGUAGAAACCGUCACUUUACUAGUAGCACUUAAGGUCCGGUUCCGGGAGCGCAUCACGAUCCUUCGAGGAAACCAUGAGAGCAGACAGAUUACACAAGUGUAUGGCUUCUAUGACGAGUGCCUAAGGAAAUAUGGGAACGCCAACGUUUGGAAAUACUUCACAGACCUGUUUGAUUACCUCCCCCUCACCGCCUUGGUAGACUCUCAGAUUUUCUGUCUUCAUGGAGGCCUGUCACCGUCCAUAGACACAUUGGAUCACAUCAGAGCACUGGAUCGUUUACAGGAAGUGCCACAUGAGGGUCCUAUGUGUGACCUGUUGUGGUCAGACCCUGAUGACCGCGGUGGCUGGGGCAUCUCUCCACGAGGAGCUGGUUACACUUUUGGUCAGGACAUCUCAGAGACGUUCAACCAUGCCAACCGCCUCACAUUGGUGUCCCGUGCCCACCAGCUGGUUAUGGAGGGUUACAACUGGUGCCAUGAAAGGAACGUGGUGACAAUAUUCAGUGCUCCCAACUACUGCUACCGCUGUGGCAACCAGGCAGCUAUUAUGGAACUAGACGACACCCUCAAAUACUCGUUCUUGCAGUUUGAUCCUGCACCUCGCAGAGGGGAGCCUCAUGUCACCCGUCGCACCCCAGAUUACUUCCUGUAAAACUCUGACCUUUGACCCCUUGUACAGUCGAGUCCAGUUCUGCCGUGAUAUAUGAAAGUACCUUCAACUGAUAACAACAUGAAUGAAGACAGGGCGGGUGGGAGACAGGGUGGGGGUUGGGGGGCUACACAGCAGUGCACAUUGUAUAUUCACACAAAGACCUAUUUAAGCAUUUAGUGAUUUAAAAAAAAAAUGUCUGUGUGUCUAUGGAUGGACCAAAAGGUGUGUGCCAUAAUCAUUACAAUAUUCAUUGCUGAGGACUUGGUAUUGAAAAUCUGCCCCACUAUGUAAAGCAACAGUGUUUAAAUCCCUCAUCCUGUACCUGUGUAGCUGGACUGACGACACUGAGGUCCAAAAAAGAGAAAAAAAAAACAAACAAAACAUGAAUUUGCUCCUUCAAAUGCGGCUGUUUGAACCCACAUGCCAUGGCUUCUAUUUAGGAGAUCUGAACAUGAUCUGUUUGCACUUUUGUAAAUCUAAAGAAAUGUAACAUAUGUCAAAAGAUGAAAAGAUUUCACACUACAGAUGUUUUUUUCUUUUUGAUUUUUAUUUUUGAAAUUAAAACAAUAAAGACCCCAUCCGGUAAGUUUUA